AUGGACUCGCAGAAAAUGGAGAAAAUAUUCACAGAAACUGCCCAAAAUAUAUCAAACGCAGAAAUCUUACUAUCAAGGCCGAACAUUCUCGACGAGUGGUGGCAAAGAAUCCACGGCGCCUACAGCGAGCCACAGCGCAUUGUAUACGAUCCAAAGGCAUCAGGAGGUGACAAUGAGCUCCAAAGCAUUCUUGCAUGGGAAGAGUUUACCCGCGACCUCGGCAUUAGUACACAGUUCAAGGAGAAUGUUUCGAGUCUCAUUAGGGCAACUAUCAAGCAUGCCAUACCAGAUCCACCCGCGCCGAGCGACAUAUCGUUAUUCCUCGACCUCGAUCUCGAGGUGCUCGGUCGAGAACAAGGCGCAUAUGCAGCAUAUGCAUCCAACAUUCGGCAAGAGUAUGCACAUUAUCCCCUCGAAGCCUACUGUCAAGGCAGAACAAAGGUGCUUGAACACCUGAGUAAAGGGGACGUCUACUUUACGGACUACUGGAGAAGUCAUCUUGCAGACAAGGCGAGAGAGAACAUGCAGUGGGAGAUGCGUAUUCUGCAGCAAGGACGUAUUCCAUCAGCAGAUGACAUAGAAACAUCGUCUGUCAACUUUCCCGGCGCCGCUGAGGACGUCUUUAGCGUCAGCUCGCCGUCACCAGCACCGCGACGUCCCCCGCACCAGGCAUUCAGACGCAUAUCCAUGCCCUCUGUACCUUCUGCAGCUGCUCUUGCGCAACUACGCGCCGCAUCCGUGCAAAAGGCCGAGCAUCGCGUCUCAGUGGCCUCACAGCAGUCGAUCGAAUCGCAGGCUGAUUUCCAGCGAGGAACAGAAAGCGCUGGGCCGUGGGUAGCAUCUCCCGUUUCGAAUGCCAGUCCAAGGCCGCGUAGGUCGAUGUCGCGGCCCUCGAGUCUACAGCCGCCGCCCAAAGCGUCUGCGAUGACGGCAAGCACAGCAGCCAAGAAGAAAAAGGUGUUGCGAGAGUUGCUCGAUACAGAGAAGACAUAUGUAGAAGGGUUGGAAUUCAUUGACGAGCAUUUCCUCCAUCCGCUUGUCCAAGCUGCGACCGAGGGGAGACCACUGCUUUCUCCAAACCAGAUGUCGGCCAUUUUCUCCAACUUUGUCGACAUGCUUGGCUUCCAUCAAGCUUUCUACGAGACACUGAACAAUCAAUUUGGUCAAUACGUCCGCCCACCGCAAUCACCCAGUUCAUUCGCUUCUAAUGCUCCUCCUCGCACAAGCGGACUUACUUUACACACAAGUUUCGAGGCACCACCUCCUGUCGCUGCCCUGCUCGCUCAACACGUUCCUUUCUUUUCCAUGUACACCCCAUUUGUGACCGCUUAUCCAACAAUCAUGGCCUCUUUGCAAAAUCUGACCUCACCUAAUUCGGCGAGCUACUCUGCUGCGUUCGCCGUUUGGCUCAAGGAGCGAGAGCAAGAUCCCGCAUGUGGCAAGCUAGGAUUACGUGAUUGGCUUCUCACGUUGGUCCAAAGAUGCCCACGGUAUCUCCUACUUGUCAAGGACCUCCUCAGCUGCACUGAUCCGUUGGACCCAGAGUGCAAGGGGCUAGAGGAAGUGGUCAGAAUGCUCGAGAAGGUCAAUACGUCCUUGAACAAUGCCCUUCAAAUGCAGAGCAUAACUCUGCAGCUCCUCGCAGUUCAGAAGGCAACGCCGAACCUCCCCAUUCUAUUCCUCGAGCCCGGACGGAGCUUCAUUAGGCGCGGUUCAAUGUUCCAAGUGGCCGAGCGCGUCGAGAGGCUCCGAGAGUUUUUCCUGUUUUCCGACUGUCUCGUCUGGCUCUCAAAAGGCGGCGAAAGAGAAGGUGCUUUCAGCAAUGAAGAAGCCCAGUUCAAGAGGUCGAUGAUCUCCUCUGCUUCUAAUCACUCCCUGCUUUCGCCAAGUCGCAGGCAGAGUAUGGCGGGAACCCCACCACCUCGUCGGAUGCCCUCGACCACUUUGGGGGCAAAGCUGUCGGGACCUGUAGAAGAGGAGAAGUGGUGGUUCAGAGGGAAGGCAAAUCUAUUAGAUUUGGACAUUGUCGUACCCGUCCCAGCGUUUGGCGAGGAGGGCAAGAUUGAGAUUCAUUCCCCAGAGAUGUCCUUUUCAAUAUUUUGCGACUCUGCAGAGGAACGGGAAGCCUGGGUGGCUGCCAUCCGGGCGGCCAAACAGUCUCGACUCGUCACGAUGAACACCACAAACCCAAAUUCUACUCUCACCUCUUCGACUUCGAAUCAACAUUUACGUUUGGCUCUUCAAGCCCUCCCUUAUGCCCCAGAAGAUCUUUCGCCAAGUCCUUCCAAGAAGGGCAAGAAAGAUAAGUCGAAGCAAGUUCAGAAGAGGCGCCACGUCGAACAUUUCGUCCCUGCAAUCUGGGUCCCAGACUCGAAGACAGACUCGUGCAUGCGGUGUGGCGGCGUCUUCGGAUGGCGUAGGAGGAGACACCACUGUCGGCUUUGUGGUAAAUGCGUCUGUGCCAACUGUUCAGGCAAGACAUUUUUUAUCUCUUCAAAACAAGGUUCCAAAGAAUCAUCCAAACCUGCUCGAGCUUGCAAUGCCUGCUACGAGGCCGUAUUCCCAGUUCUCGAUCCAGACACUCCCGAAGAGACGGAUUCUAUUGUUGGGAAUGGUCACUUGCCGCAUUACUCCAGCAUCGGGACACUUACAGCCCUGCCCUUUUCCAGAUCAACCCCAUCUCUCCUGCUCCCCAAGCAGUCGGCUCCUGUUGUCAUCCCACCGCCGCUUCACUAUGAACUGCCUAAACCGGUCAAGAGAGAAAGUCGGGGCGAGUUGGAACGCCCCCAAUCAGGACUCGACUUUCUUCCUAUUGCACGACCUCGUCGCCCUGGCAGUCGUCCUCCAAGUGAAUUACGAUCUUCUUCCUACACGACUUCAACUCUUGGCUCCUCAGCUGCCCUUGACGGCGCAAACGAUUCUUCUGCCGCAAUGUCUCUAAUGGACUCUCCAAGCAGUCCGAAAUCUGCAGGUUUUAUCACGGACAAUGGCCGUGUUCCACCAAAGACAAGGUUUUCUAUGCCUGCGGUCGCAUUGCACACCACGCCUGUAACGGCAAGGGCCUCUAUGGAAGGAGACAGUAGGGGCGUCCGCUACUCCAUGGUCCUAGGCAACAAAUCUCGGGUUAUCGGUGCAACAGACUUCAGCGAGGAUAAAGAAAAUACCGCACAGGUCGACCAUCGCAAAAGUCUGAAUACAGGUCUUGCCGUAGGCAAGCUGAAUGAUUUGCUAGUCCGGAAAUAA